AUGGCCAAUAUUACCAAAUGCAACUGGGAAAUAAAAAUCAUCAGGGCAGUCAAGAAGGAAGAUGACGGCGGAAAGGUCACCAUAUUUAGCAAUUUAAAAACCACUGAUAACUGUGAAGAGUGCAGCUUCAAAGUUUCCCCAGCGGCGGGGCUGUGCGCUAGGAAAGGCAAUCACAGUUCAACCCCCAGGCCCAGAGGAAGGAGCUACAUACAGUACAGCCGGCGGCUCGGGUGCCCGCAUCCCACAGGCCCCGGAAACCAGAGGGGCGGAGGGAAAGAGGGCGGGGCCAUCAACCCAGUGACCGGCCCCGCCCCCGAUCCGGGGAGAGGCGCCUCCGGGACUCGGGGAGGGGAAAUAGGAGGAGGAAGAGAGAUGGCCGGGGGGCGGGAGCACGGGGCCGGCGGCUCAGGCCCCUCCCCAGCCGCGACCCAGAGAGAGAGCCGAGCCCCCGGCGCUGGGCGGGGUGUGGGUGAGGGCCCCUCCCCGCUUCCCGCCUGGGGCCCGGAGGCCAGUCACUCCAGGGGCGUGGACAAGGGAGGGAAGCAGGGGACCAGGGGGAGGGGGGCGCUGGCGAGCCAACCCGGAACCUUCUCCGGCCGCCGCCGCAGCCGCCCCCGGCCCCGGCGCGCCCGCUGCCGGCCCACCAGCCCCGACCCAGAAAUUGCCAGCGUACAUCGGGAGAGCUCCCCUCGCCCAGCCCUAACCCACUCCCCCUUCCCUCCUCUCCAGCCUCCCGGGGCUCCAGCUUCCCCUCCUCCCCCGCUGGCCCCACGGCCUCUUCCCCCACCCCGGGAUGCAACUUCCCCGUGUAACCUUGCCUCACCUUCCCUCCAAUCCGACGCCGGGCAGAGCCUCCUGGCCUCGCCCCCCAGUCCGACCCCUGGCUUCCCCUACAAACCUCCCAGUGCACUUCUCCCGGGUCCUCACCGGCGCCCCGACGGCUCCCCCUACCCGCCCGGCCAGCCCAUUCUGCGAUCCCACCUCCCUCAUCCCCCCAGGGUUCCCGUCUUUUCCAGCUCCCUCUGCCCACCGAUCACGGCGUGCAGUUGUCCCCGGCGCCUCCUCCCGAGCGCGAGCCUCCUUCCUUCUCUUCUUCCUCCUCCUCCUUCUCUCCGGGGGCUGCGGCUUCCCCCUCGCAGCCCCACCACCGCCCCCUCCCCCAGACUGGGGCCGCUCCCCCCGCCUUUCGCUCUGGGACUCGCUGUCCCAGUUCACAGGAGGGAGCUUCCUGGGAUGCAGCAACCCCGCGGGGGCCCCACGCACUACACCCGCCCAGACGAGGGGAGCAGGGAAGGAGAGAGAGCAGGAGACGCGCGGCCGGCGGGCGGAUGGCUCUCCCUGGGGCUCCCCCUCGCCGCCGCAGCUUGGGGUGGGGAUGGUGCACCUCCCCCUCCCCCCCGCCGGGAAGGUGCAUUUACCGGGCAGUCGGUGGGUCAGUCAGUCAAUCAGGUGGCGGCUGCCUACGGCGCUGACCUUCCCGGCUGGAGCGGAGGCUGUGGCCGCCAUGUUCCCGUAGAGAGGGAGACAGCGAGCGAGCGAACCGAGGAGGGGGCACCGAGAGGCCGCCAGCCCCUCCCUCCCUCCUCCUCUUCCCUCCUCCUCCUCCCCACUACAGGCGCAGGAGCAGCAGCCAAGUCCUGUCACUGGGGGAAGGACGAGAGGAGGAAACUUCCCUCCCCCUCCCCUCCCGUCCCUCCUCCCUCUGCUCCGCAACAUCGCCCCUGCGAGGGGGCAAAGGUGGCAGAAGGGGCACUGGGGCCGUCGGGCUUGGGGGGCAAGGGGCAGGAGAGGGUCGACGAGUCUGAAGCGGCCAAGUCUUCGGGGGAGGGGUGGGGGGAGGCAAAUGCAGCGUGGGGUCGGGGGAAGGGACGCAGAAUGGGGCAGGGGAAGGAUGUCCUAUCCUGUGGGCUUUUGGAAAUUCAUCGAUUCCACUGGCAGAACCUCUCAGAGUACCCCCCAGAUCCUCCUCCUGCUAACCCUCCUCUGUACAUCCUGAGCGGCCACGACCCUUUCCCAUCUCAUCAUCUCCAAAAGAGAGUCGUUCUGAUUGCACGUGCAUUUGAGCUAAGAAGGCUGGGGAAGGAAGCAAAGGAGAGGCCAACUUCAAUAGAAGUUAAGUCCAGCAGAUUAGGAGAGAGGGAGACAGCGAGCGAGCGAACCGAGGAGGGGGCACCGAGAGGCCGCCAGCCCCUCCCUCCCUCCUCCUCUUCCCUCCUCCUCCUCCCCACUACAGGCGCAGGAGCAGCAGCCAAGUCCUGUCACUGGGGGAAGGACGAGAGGAGGAAACUUCCCUCCCCCUCCCCUCCCGUCCCUCCUCCCUCUGCUCCGCAACAUCGCCCCUGCGAGGGGGCAAAGGUGGCAGAAGGGGCACUGGGGCCGUCGGGCUUGGGGGGCAAGGGGCAGGAGAGGGUCGACGAGUCUGAAGCGGCCAAGUCUUCGGGGGAGGGGUGGGGGGAGGCAAAUGCAGCGUGGGGUCGGGGGAAGGGACGCAGAAUGGGGCAGGGGAAGGAUGUCCUAUCCUGUGGGCUUUUGGAAAUGUAA